AUGGCGGAGGCGACAGCAUUACAGCGAGUUACACAAGUACGUGAUCUAGGAGUACAACUUACUCCAGAUCUUACGUUUCGCGAACAUAUCGUAAAGAUAUGUAAAAAGGCUUACAGGAACCUCGGCUUUGUGCUUCGGCAGUCGCAAGGGUUCACAAACAUCACAGCGAUUAGGGUGUUAUACGAUGCACUAGUCAGAAGUCAUUUAGAAUAUGGUGGGGUUGUAUGGGCCCCACACGAAGCGAAGUACUCUGACAUGCUGGAGCGCGUACAGAAUAAGUUCGCGCGCCACUUGUACCGGAGACUGUAUGGGGUAUACCCGUUAUACCCGUUGAUGUACCCCACACUUUUUGUACUGGGUAUGGUGUCGUACAAUGAGUUGGGCGUGCGGCGACAGUUCACACUGGUCGUCUACCUAAUUAAGUUACUCCACGGCAAGCAACACAACCCUGGAGUGCUGCAGCUCUUGAGCUUUAGUGUUCCGGACCGCUAUGUGUGGAGGCGCCGGCGUCCACCGCUGCUGGCCGUCCCGGCUGCCAAGACCAACCUACUGGCCAAAACGCCUCUGACGCGAGCAAUUCGUACGAUUAACCAAAUCCAGACUGUAAUAGAUGUAUUUGCGUGUCAGUUCAAUAAACUCGCAAAGAUUAUUUUAUAUAUACUGUGUUAUAGGUUAGAGUAG